AUGGCGGCUCACACAGGCUUUCUGAGCUAUGUCGUCAACUUCAACAUGGCUCCCUUGGCUUUGAUUGGAUUUGUGUCUUUGGUGACUCUUGCCUACGUUUUCGGAACCAUUAUUUACAACGUCUAUUUCCACCCACUGUACAGGUAUCCUGGCCAUAAGCUACCGGCCGCCACUAAGAUACCUCACGCUCUGUGCAGUGUUUCGGGUCAGGCGCAUCACAAGAUUCUGGAGCUGCAUCAGAAAUUUGGUCCCAUCGUAAGGGUCAGGAAACGACUUGCAAGCAAGACUGAGCGACCAGAUUUUAUGGGUUCCACGUUGCAAAAGAGAAGCGGCUCUGAGGAACUCACUUUUGAAGAGUUGAAGUCCAAUGCGGCGAUCCUCAUUACUGCUGGUUCCGAGACUACCGCGACAGCGCUUUCGGCUACGACGUACUACCUCUUGACAAACCCCAAUGCUCUGAAAAAGCUCAGUGAUGAGAUUCGCAACACGUUUGCAUCCGAAGCCGAUAUCGACAUGAGUAGCUCGCAGAAGCUUGCCUAUAUGCAUGCCGUGAUAAACGAGGGCUUGAGGAUGUAUCCUCCGGUCCCGACUAGAAUGCCGCGCAAAGUGAACAGCGACGGCGGUGUCUUCUUGGGAGAAUAUGUGCCUCCCGACGCAAGUCAAAUCAUCAACUCAACUCGCGACAAACACAGAUAG